AUGCGCGGUAUUCUUCUCUCAAUCCUCCAGCUUGCCUGCAUCUGCGUCGCAGACAUUCCUUCCUGGGACUCAUGGCCUCAUCAACGCGUUCAAGUAAAUGACGAUGUUAGCAUUCACCUGCGCUAUUACGGCACUGGACCUCCUGUCCUUCUAAUCCAUGGAAACCCUCAACAUAGUCUCUCCUACUCUACCGUCGCCCCCAUUCUGGCCGCCAAAAAUUACUCCGUGAUUUGCGCCGACAACCGUGGCGCCGGCGACUCUUCAAUUCCAGCAGACGGCAACUAUACCGCCUCUGCACACGCCGAUGACUUCAAAAAAGUACUAGACUUCCUGCACAUCAACGAAGCCUACAUCUUCUCUCACGAUAAGGGAUCUGGAAUUGCAGCGGCGUUUGCCGCUAAAUAUCCUUCUUACGCGAAGAGAAUCGUCUUCUCCGAGUAUGCCUUACCUGGCUUUGGAUAUGAGGAGUUCUGGACUCCUAGCUCAGGCGGUGGCAUCGGCUGGGACUUGUACAAGAAUUGGCAGCUAGGCUUCUUCAGUGUCCCAGACGCAGCACAAUACUUUAUCCAAGGCCGUGAGAAGGAGAUGCUGGCGUGGUACUUCUGGCACGCUUCAUACUCUGGCAACGAAGCCAUUAGUCUGGCCCAUUUGAAUCGCUACGCAACGUCUAUAUCGAAACCAGGAUUCCUGCGAAGCAUGCUUAACAUAUUCUCGGUAUCGACAGUGACCCAAGAUGCUUCAUUCUUCAACGCAUCACUUGGUGCCAACCCGUUGGCAAUGCCGGCGUUGGCUCUUGGAGGCGAGGCUAGUUUUGCGCCGGAGGCUGUGUUGCAGCAAAUCUUUGGGCCGGUGUCCAGUGACCUCCAAGUUGAUGUAGUGCCAAAGGCAGGCCAUUGGGUACUGGAUGAAAAUCCUGUAUGGGUUGCUGAUCGGGUGUUGAAGUUCUUUGGAGAGGAUUCCCAGGGUAUCCCCAGUGUGGACUUGUCUUUUUUGACGAACCAGGUGACACUUGUUUGA